AUGUCGACCUCGAGAGAAGGUCCAAAUCCGUUAAGACCAUACUAUGUUCCACCUUCGAUUGGACUACCUCAAGAAAUACCUGCAACGAUCUCGGGAACUCAUCGAGUAGGAUUAAAGAAUGGAAGUGCGGCGUCUUAUGCCUCCUCCGCUCGAGAUAUCUUCUCGGAUAUUGAUUACAGUGAUUACUUAUCAGAUACCUCACCAUCUACUAUUGAGUCCCUUCAGAGAUUCAUCAAUGAGACUUUUACCAAUUAUGCGGGGAUUUUAUGCGGACAGCCCUUUGAGGUUGCAAAAACAAUUCUGCAGGUGAAAAUUCAGGAUGUUGAGGAAGUAGCAAAGCCGGUAGCUGCGGUGGAGAAAAUAAAGCGACGUCCUUCAGAGUAUAAUGAGAACUACCCCUCCGAUGAUUCUGAUGCGGACGAAACCACUUACUUCACAUCGGCGGCGCCAGAAGCGAAGUCGUUAUCUCCUUCAAGACGUCGGUAUAGCAGUGAGGGGUCUGGGUGGGAGGACAAAUCCGUUCCUAAAAUUACCCCGCCAAAGCCAAAACCAGCACAUCAACUGAUCCUCAAGCGAUCAGAUUCUGUAAUGGAAGUGAUAGCACAGGAAUGGUCAAAGGAGGGAGUUUGGGGUGUAUGGAAGGGAUCCAACGCAACAUUCAUCUAUGGCUUUUUAGCGAAGACGGCGGAAAGUUGGUCAAGCAGCAUGAUUUCUGCGGUGCUGAAUAUCCCGGAUCCAGGGUUAGCAACACUCGGAGCACAAGUUGAUGUAGCUGGUUCUCCUAGUCCCUGGACAUCAUUAAGUGUAGCAAUAGCAGCAGCAGCUACUGCCGGUCUCAUUCUGGCUCCUCUGGAUCUUGUACGCACAAAGUUGAUUCUCACCCCAACUGCGGAUCCUAAACGAUCACUCACGCACAACCUCAAAACUCUUCCUUCCUACAUAUGUCCUCCGUUACUUCUUGUUCCCACCAUUCUCCACUCCAUAAUAAAGCCAACUAUAUCACACUGCACCCCGCUCCUUCUUCGAACCCGUCUCGCCAUUGACCCAGUUCUUACCCCUACAAGCUACACAACGUUUACAUUUCUUGCUCAAACACUAGAAAUCUUUAUCCGUCUACCACUCGAAACUGUUCUACGUCGCGCACAAGCCGCGGUGCUCAUGUCCCCACAAUAUAACGAAUCACAAGACCUCAACACAGUCGUGGACAUUGGUCCAUACAACGGAGUAGUAGGUACAAUGUGGUCCAUUGCCCGAGAAGAAGGCGAAUCAUCUGGUCCAGAACCUAUCGCCAGUGUAGGCGCGGCAAAGCAAUUAAGGAAAGUCAAGAAAGUGCAAAAGAAGGGACAGGGAAUUGAGGGCUUAUGGAGAGGCUGGAGAGUUGGAGUAUGGGGCUUAGUAGGAAUGUAUGGGAGUAAGGCUAUGAGUGGUGUUGGAAGUACCGAAGGAGAGUUUUGA